AUGGAAACGAUGUCGACGAACGAUCCCGAGUCCACAGAGUCUGAAAUAUCAGGACCAAGUGGCUCAAACAAUACUGUUGAUGAUGCAGAAAGCGCUGAAAUUGCUCGACACGGUCGAACUAUCGCUAACCGAAGGGCAACGAGCAUUAAAGAGGAACCAAAGCUCGAAGCAUUAUCUGAAAAUGGAAGCGUGACAACCCAUGAGAUGAACCCUUCCACCUCUGACGUGAUCAUACUCUCAGACGAUGAUGAGAGGCCACCCACUCCUCCUCCGCCGCCGAGCCGCCCGGUUUCGCGUCGAAGGGGUCCACUUAUGGUCGGUGACAGCAUAGACACUAUAGAGGAAUAUGUUGCUGCUCCGUGUGUGAUUAUUCCUACAGGAAAAGACAAAGAAUACAGCAUCGAAGCGAUUAAAAAACAUCACUUCAAUGAAAAACACCAGAGAAUGGAGUAUUUAGUCAAGUGGAAAAACUAUCCACCCAGCGAAAAUACUUGGGAACCGGAAGAAAAUCUAGUUAAUUGCGACAUACUUCGUGAAGAGUACUUUCGAAAAAUCCAUAGGAAUAAGCUGACACGAGUUAGACAGCACGGGAAUGAUCGACGCGAAGGAUUCGCACGUAACCUCAAAUUCGAAAAAAUUGUCGGCUUCGUUGAACAAUUUGGCGAGUUAGAAGUUUUGAUCAAAUGGAAAACGCGUUUUGGAAAACCGACCAUUUGUGAUUAUGUGUCGGUUGAUGAGGUCUACAGCAAACAACCCUCGAUCAUUUUCGACUUCAUGACUGAGUACAUCGAUAGCCUCAAUGAUAACCCGGAAGCAAAAAAGAACAAGAAGCGAGACGAUUCCGAUGAAUCUGAAGAUGAAAGUUCAGACGAAGAAACUGAAGAAGAAACUGAUGAAGAAGCUGAUGAAGAAGCUGAUGAAGAAUCAGAUGACUCGACGGUUGGAGAAGAAGAUGCGGAAGAAGAAAAAGAAGAUCCUGGUGAAAUUAUUUCAAUUAAAACAUUGAAAUCGCCAACGAUCGCCGGCGUCACUCACAUCGAGGAUAAGAGCUACUAUAUCUUCAAGGACGCAAAUCAUCCAGGAUCUCAGCUUAUCAUUCCCUUGAAGACAGCACACCAGCACUUUCGAAAAGCAGUUUUCCGUUACUUUGAAAAGAACUUAAGCCGGGGCAAUUAG